AUGGUUCGAGUUGAGCACUUUUGGCAAGAUAAUGGCAGGUUAAUUUAUGAUAUAAGUUCGCUUGAAAAUAUUACCGUCUCAAGCAACAUAGGUUCCUUUUGCAACAGGCUUAAGAAAUGUUUGCAUGAGAAGUAUAUGGAACUUCUUAAUAAGUUCGAAGAUUGCUUUCCUAAAAUAAUAACUGGUACUCACUUCUUUUAUUGGAGUUUCAUAAGAAUUAAAAUUGCGAAGAACCAUUUGGAGAUGGGAGACACAUUUAGUGCAAAUGAAAUCGUGUAUCCUUGUGUCAAUAGCAGUGGAGCUUGUUCAAAUGUAGAUUCACUCAUCCAAAAAAUGACCAUCGAAGGUUCAUCGGAGAUAAAUGUUUUUUCAUCCAGCGAGAUAGUUCUUCUCAACAUGCUUGCUGGUGUUUUUCAAAUAUUGUUCAAUGUACUGGCUAUCAUUCACGUUACAAAUAUCACAAAUAAACAGUCUUUGCCAACUUACAAGGAUCCUUUGCAUUGGCUUUCUUGUGCUCAAAGGGUUUACAGGCUAUAUACACAGCAAAGUUCACCUAAUACCGGUCCAGAAUUUCUGGAUACAUUAUUACGUUCAAAGUCAAAUCGGAUAAAUGGAUUCCAAGAGUCUGGAAGCCUAAACAAACAGAGUCUAUCAGCUUGUCGUUUGAUGUUUGAACAUGAAUACACAAAAACCAUAUUUAUACUCGCACAAGUUCAUCAGUUAAUUGGGAAACGGGCUCAGUCGGCUAAUUAUUGUCAAUUAACUUUGUUACGUCAAUUGACAUUCGGUAAAUCUUUCAAAAAAGCUGUCAAUAACUCUUCUCGUUUACAAAAUAAUAUAAUUCGUAUCAAAUCAGCUCAUUCACUUAGAGAUUUGGAAAAUAGAAAAUUUUCUGAACGACAUCCAUACUAUCUUUUCCAGAACUUUGAUCCUAUAGAAUGGGCUACAAAUGCUGUCGCUUUAAGCGACUAUUUCUCAUCAGUUGAAAAUCAAAAUAACUGCUAUUAUAAGACGUUCGAAUGUUUAUUAUCAGCUGUUCAUGUUGUGGAAGAAGCUAGGUUUGAAGGCAACAUUCCCUCCAGUCAAGUAGACAAUACUUUAGCAAACAUUUAUCGUAAUCUAGUGAAGAUCAGUCUUGAUCUACUUGAGAAAGGUACAAAACAAUAUGGGAACUUAGCUGAUGAAGGAAUAACCAGUGAAGACUCAGAGUUUAGGAAAUAUCAGGAAUUACAAAACGUUACUAAGUUUGGAUCAAUGUUUAAUUUGGAGCUACAACCAAUAUUUACUGGAUUAUUAGACUAUAAUUUUAAUGUAAAAAAUUCAAUUUCAAAUGUGAUUCCACAGAAUAACGAUUUAAUUUACAAGUUAAUUAGACCACCUACAAAUUAUGAAACAGCUUCUGGAAUAUUUCGCAUUAUAUUAAAUUGUUUAAUGAAAGCUGAAAAUUUUUAUACACUACAAAACCAUUGCACAGAUGCAAUUGCUUUGAUUCAAGAUCGAAGUAAAGCUUAUCGCCUAAUGACUGUUUUCGAAAAGAACAUCAAUAGACAGUGUUGUAUGCAUAAACGACGGAUAGACAUGUUAAAUAAUGUAUUAGGACAACUAAAUCCGGAUCACUACUUACACGUAUGUCGCCAGUUAACAUUCGAACUAGCAGAAGCUUUGGGUACAUUACGUGAUUUGAAAAGGAAACUACUCGAUGAGAUCCCACUAAAAGAAGGUCAAGUUUCAGCACACUAUGCGCGGAAAUCAGAUGAUCUUGCAAAGAGUGCAAUAUCCGUUUAUAGAAAUUUCUUAGGAUUAUACGGAGUUCAGUCUGGGACGACAAUAAAUUUCAGUGACGAUGAUAUAAAACCACUGAUCGUGACAUGUCUUCAUACUGCUCGGCUCUAUUCUCAACUUAUUUCGACCUGUACUACAGAGAAAAUUCAAAAUUUAACAAAAGCUCUAGAAUUUUAUGUACAACUGGUUGCUCUCGCAGAAAACCAUAUAAAACGUGAUGCCUUGACGCCGAUAAAGGAUUGUGAGGAAUUAAGAAUAGCUAAAGAAAUGGUCGUCUUAUUACCGGUUAAACUCAGCCGACUAUCUCAAGCUGUUUGCCGUGGUUCCCAAUACUUACAAAUGGACUUUUUGAAUUGGCUCACUGGGUGGAAAAGAGAUUCUAACGAUGAUAGUCAGUUAGACUUCUCGUUCCUAUUUCCUGCCACCAUUGGAGUAGGAUCAAUAGUCAUUUGCCUUGUUGCCCGCUAUCGGAAUGAGUUAUUCGAUUUAAAAUCGACUAUGUUCCGAAAUACAAAGGAUGAAAACGUUUCUUCGCGUCGUGGCAACUCCUAUUCCAAUUUCAGGAAGAAGCCAAAGCAUUCCAACAAAUCUGAAUCAAAUGCUACUCAAAUUCGAAAAACGGAAGUUUCACAACCACUUGUAGUUGAGACACUAGCUCCAGUCUUACCUGUCCAACAAACAGAAUGCGCAUCAGUUCAGCCUAUUCAAAUUAAACAAGAAACAGUCAGCGAGGCAACAGAUGGAAUUGAGGCUGAGUUCUUUAACCCCAUUCCAAAGAAGCAGAAAAAGUCCAAACGUUCAUCUAAAACGAAAGACGCCCUAAACCAUGGUUUGAAUGAACAAACUGAGAUCGAUCCAGCAUGGGUUACGGUCACUUCAAAAAAGGUAAAACUUUCCAGCCGCAACACUCAAAAGAAAAAGAACGUGGAUAGCGAAGGAGAUCAAUCAGUGUCGGAAAAUCACUCACCCAUUUCUUUUGCUGAGUCACCGAUCCAAAAUAAACAAGCAAACAACAAGCAACAAGAGCUAUCCACUAGCAAUAAAUCUACCUCCUCCAUUGUAGAAAAUAAGUCUAUGAAUUUGGAAUUAAACACAGAUCAAUCAUGUCCUACUAAGCGGUCGAAAGCUCCUGCCCAAACUCAACCCAUGAAAACUGAACAUAAUGAGAAUACAAAGUUGGGUACCGUAAAUUCGCAUACUUCAACACCUUAUGAAGAGUUGUUGUACAAAAAUCUUGGUGCUGAAACAGUAACAGCCAUUCGAUCACUGAUUCUGAAUAGCGAAACCCAUACUUCACGUCCUUCUGAAAUCCCUUCAUGUGAUGAGAUGAGUAAACAAAAAAUAUCGUCUGUGUCUCCCAAAAGUACGAAUAAUAUGCCUACAACAAGUGAAAUUAUAUCACAGCAUAUGACAGCCCAGCUACAAGCGAAAGAAGCUGAAUGUCAGGUUUUGCGUACUGAAGUUGUCCAUUUAAGGGAUGAAGUAAAAAUACUGAAAACUCUAGCUCUUAAUCGUGUACCUGUCCAAAAGCCUAUGACUGACGCUGAAACGAUGACUGAUCCAAUUGAAUCACCGGAUAUUAAAUCCUCGCUUCCUCAGCAAUCGACCGAUUCAGAUGCAGUUCUACUGUCGACUCUUCAAAAUGAAAUUGCCCGUUUAGUUAAAGAAGUGGUUAUCUAUCAACAACGUAGUGAAAAUUUGAAAAGUCGUUUGGAUACAGCCAAUAAAAAAUUAUCCGAUUCAAAAUCUAAAGCUGCUGAUGAAACUAAAUUAUUACAACAAACUUUAGAUACACAAUCGGAGAAAUUAUACAGUCUCGAGUCUGAGAAUAGUCGUUUAGAAAAAGAAUUAAAAGAUGUAUUACAGAAAGCUGAAAUUCAUCAUCGAAAAUCUGAGGAGGCUGAACACAAACUCACACAGCGUUUGGAAGAACUAGAAGUACUCCGACUGGAUAUUUCAUCUUUCAGGAGCAAAUGUGAGGCACUGGAAAACGGAAACUCUGUACUUCGGGGAGAGAAAGACAUUCUAACACUCAAAUUCGACGAAUUAACCAAUAAACAUUCCAGUGUUCUGUCCGAAUUGUCUGCAUCUCAAUCACAAUGUAAUGUACUUCGUAGACAAAUAAGUGAAUAUGAUGAUCGUCUACGUCAAAUAAAUGAUCAACAUCAAAUUGUUGUAGAUGAUAUGAAGAAUCAGUUAACAUCAUUAUUAUAUAACCAUGAAACAAAGGAAAAAUCACAUAUCAAUAUGAUAAAUACAUUAGAAGCUAAACUAGAAAAGUUAACCAAUGAACAUAAUGAAUUAAAUAAAUUACUUAAACUACAUGAAAGUGAACUAGAACAUUUACGUACUGUUGAAAAAGUUACAGUAAUUCAAAGAACUAAUGAAGAUAAAUUUAUGCAAACUGUCGAUGAUAUUCAGAACAAUGAUCCUCAAACUGAUGAUGGCAAGUCAAGCAACAUUCAUUAUGAAACCAUUGUUAAAAUGAAUGAUCAUACAGGCCAAACAGAAUCGGAUCAAUUUAUUAUUAAGUCUAGUGAAUACAAAUCAUUACAAAAUCAAGUUGAUCAUUACAAGUCAGCGUUAGAUGCCACUGAAUCAAUGCUAUCUAAAUUACAAACGUCCGUAAAUGAAGAAGAGGCACGUUGGCACAAAGCAUUGGAUGCUGCAAAUAUUGAAAAUGAAUUGUUAAAAACGAAAUCAAUUAAACUUGAAGCUGCUUUGAAUGAAUUAAUAGAAGAUCGUAAUACUUUGACAACAACUAUCGAAGAGCUUCGUAAAAACAGAGAGUUUAAUAAUUGUAAUCUGAUUGAAACUUCGACUGAUAAUUCUCUGACAACAUCCAUCAGUACGGAAAAGAAGUUGAACAAUUCGUCAUCCAUUUCACCGUCACCGUCCUCGCCAUUAUCAACAUCAGCGACAACAACUGAUGAUGCUGAUGAACAAAACAUGUCCAAAUCCGAAUUGAUACGCUUAGUUGCUAAAUUACGUAAUCUUGUUGAAGUGGAACGUAAUGCAUUAAAACAAGAACAAUCAUUAUCAGCCGAGUUAAGAACAAAAUUAAACGAUACCGACUCACAUGAUGAUCAGAAUUAUAAUUAUUCGAAUAAUAAUUGUUCAGACGAGAACACGUGCUUAAUUAAUAGUCCUACAGAGACUAUAGAAAAUGCUAUAAACUAUCAUAAUAAUUCUGGUGAUGAUCAUUAUACCAAUACGAAAACUAAUUCUCUGCAUAAUCAUCCAAAAGGUGGUCUACUAGAAACUGAUGAUGUCAAAUCUGAACAAUUAAACAAUUGCUUUGAUGUAAUAUCAAAAAUUCCAGAUUGUAUUCCUCAACGUGAAAUAUCGUCGAAUGACAGUGGUUACAUUGUUCUAUCCAAUGGUAUACAUAAGGAAUUAAAUGGACAAGCCAAUCAUGAUCAAAUUGAUAGUAAUAAUGCUGAUGAUAAUAAUUAA